UAUGGCCGUCCAUCCGUCCCCCUCCACACCCCAACCCCCACCAUGACGUCAAGAAACCUGCUAUAAACUCAACAGUCUGCUGGCUCUGAGCGACUCAUUGAAGACAUCCACCAUGAACCCACUCCACUGCACUUUGCUCCUUGGGAUCCUCGUUCAGACUAUUGUACCUCAUGAGAGCGGCGUCUCAAACGGGUACAAAAUGGAUAAAAUCAGAUGGUGUGUGACAUCUACGCAAGAGCAUAAAAAGUGCGAGAACCUGAAAUCCAUGGUGUCCAAGUUCCUCUGCGUGCUAAGGAACGACACAGCGGCCUGCAUCAAUGCCAUCAAGGUUGGUCAAGCAGACGCCAUCACCCUGGAUGGAGGAGAUAUAUAUAAAGCUGGCCAACCUCCGAGGGGCCUGAAGCCCAUCAUUGCAGAGGAUUAUGGGAAAGACUCGGACACCUGCUACUACGCAGUUGCCAUAGCGAAGAAUGGAACCGGUUUUGGAUUCACUGAGCUGAAAGGCUUGAAUUCCUGCCACACAGGCCUCGCAAAUUCUGCAGGGUGGAAUAUCCCAAUUGGAACUUUGGUGGAGAUGGGGCAGAUCCAGUGGAAUGCCUCAGAGAACAGGACAAUUGAACAAGCUGUGUCUGAGUUCUUCAAUGCCAGCUGUGUCCCCGGGGCUGUGGGGUACCCCAGCCUGUGCAAACAGUGCAUCGGUAGCUGUUCAUACUCCCACACCGAAGGUUACUACGACUACGGCGGUGCCUUCAGGUGCCUCAAAGAAAAUGCAGGGCAGGUGGCCUUUGUGAAGCAUACCACCGUGCCAGCGGCGGAGAAAUUCGGCUACGAGCUUCUUUGUAAGCAUGGCGGUAGGCGGCCCAUCAGCUUCUACAAGACCUGCCACCUGGCCAGAAUCCCGGCCCACGCUGUCGUCAGCCGCGAUGACACAUACCUUGCCAAACUCAUCUGGAAUGCCCUCCAGGAGGCUAUGAAGAACUUCUACCUUUUCACAUCAGCCCAAUACAAUGGGACGGACCUGAUGUUUAAGGACGACACUGUUCAGUUGGUUCAGACUCCUGCCAGCUCUGAUGCUUUCACCUAUCUGGGGGCUAAUUAUAUGGCCGUCAUCCGGACCCUCAAUGGAGAGACAAAACAGCACGGCGCGUUAAGGUGGUGUGCAGUUGGGAAUGCUGAGGCGGUGAAGUGCAGUCAGUGGAUGAACCAGAGUAUGAACAUACUGAAUGAAGAAGGGAUCAGAUGCGUCAAAGCCAGCACUACAAAUGACUGCAUAAGGAAGAUUCUGCAAAACGAGGCUGACGCCAUCACCUUAGAUGGAGGAGAUGUGUACACAGCGGGGAAGUGUGGCCUCACGGCAGCCAUGGUGGAGGGCUAUGACACAGAUAGCUGUACCUCAGCAGGAGCGGAAGCUUCCUCCUAUUAUGUGGUGGCUGUGGUCCGGAAGGGGUCCGGCAUCACCUGGGGGACACUGAAGGGCAAGAAGUCGUGCCACACGGCCAUGGGGCGCACAGCUGGCUGGAACGUGCCCAUGGGGCUGAUUUACAGGCAGACGGGGGACUGCAACUUCAAACGAUUCUUCAACAAAAGCUGUGUGCCGGGAGCCAAGCUGGGCUCCUCCUUCUGUGCCCUGUGUGUGGGGGGGGCAAACCACGCCUGCAAGCCCAAUUCAGAAGAGCCAUACUUCGGAUAUGCUGGGGCCUUCAGGUGUCUUGCAAACGGAUCUGGUGAUGUUGCCUUUGUCAGACACACAACAGUGAAUGAGAAUACUGAUGGUAAAGGUCCUGAAUGGGCAACAAAACUAAAAUCGACAGACUUUGAGCUGCUCUGUCCAAACGGCUCCAGCCUCACUGCCCCCGUCACCGAUUACCUCACCUGCCACCUGGCCAAAGUGGCUGCCCAUGCUGUAGUGACUCGUCCUGAGAGCAGAGCUCAUGCAAUCAAGAUCCUGAAUAAGCUGCAGGCCAGGUUCGGACCAGCGGGUGGGGACACCUUCAAGAUGUUCUCAUCCACAGGGGGCGUGGAUCUCCUCUUCAAAGAUUCCACUGAGUGCCUAGUGGAGGUGCCUCCCAACCAAAGCAUUUUGGAGUUCUUGGGAGCAAAAUAUGUUGACAUGGUGACAUCACUCAGGAAGUGCGAGGAGAGCCGCUCCGAUCUGGAACGAGCCUGUAGUUUCCACAGCUGUCAGAAUGCAUAGAGUGCAGCCGGGCAGCCUCUGCUUAUCGGCUGGCUCUGAGGACAGCAGCUGGACCAUAACAUCUGCCUUUAUUUCCUGCUAGCAACUAUAUUUAUCUUUAGAAAUAAAUGCAUUCUUUCUGGUA